AUGUCUGGUGGUGAGGCUGUGCAGCCGCCCAUAGGAUUGUUGGAAGAGAGGGGCCUGCAGACCGCACCAGAUUUGUCGUCUUCAUUCGGGCAAUUCGAAAUUAGCCCGUUACAGGAAUAUGAAGCCGGUUUCGACAUGGAUCCGUCGCUGUUCUCACCGCAACCUACCUAUCACGAAAUCUAUCAUGAUGAAUAUAUGCAGGACGAGAACAUGGAAUCCUUCUGUUUCGAACCGUUGCCUUCUCUACGGUCACAUGUUCAGCGAUAUGCUUAUUUCGCACACAUGCAUCAGUCAUCAGAUAAAUCCUGUCAGGAAACCGGCCACGCAGCGAUGUCGACUUUUAACUCGCCAGCAAGUUUUAUGACAGCUAGCAGUCCAGCGUCUUUCAUUACCGCUCGUUCCGCGUACAACAGCCCAGCCUACAAUCUAACUAUGGAACCAAGUCCUACGAUGAGGAUAGAGACAAUUCUUGAAGAAGAUGCGACAGGCCCAACUCUAUCAAGACCACUCAUGAAGUUACAAAACGACUAUCAUGCAGCUCUCGAGCAACAAAAUCUCAUCCAACCUUUUGACAAGGAAUUAAACUGGUCAGGAAAAGGUCAACACGUCACGUUUUUACCCGGAGAAAAAGUUCCUCUGAAGGUCCUGUCGCAUCUUGGUGCGUCAUUGACGGCAACGGUUGAAAAAGUACUCUGCCGGCGAAUCGCAAUCGCAAGGAAAACGAUGAGAUGCUCACGUAAGUGGGCCGUUGCAGAUGCUCUUCGCGAAGUGUACCAUCUACAAAAUCUCAGACAUUUUCACAUCGUCCAACUCGUAGGCUCCUACGUUCAAGGUCGUAACUUCUCAAUCUUGAUGUAUCCGGUUGCUGAAUGUCACCUUGGCCGUUUUCUUGAUGAUACCGCAGAUAUGGAGGACUACCAAGUUGAUCGGUAUGUGUUUCUAGCAAGUAGCCUCCAUUGUCUCACUUCCGCAAUCGCCUUCGUACACGAGCAUACCACAAAGCACAUGGACAUCAAACCUCAGAAUAUCCUUGUAAGAUCAGCGUUCAUAUCUGACAAAUAUAUUUCCUUCUGGAGUAAAAAAGAAUGGCGAGUCUACCUUGCCGAUUUUGGCCUCUCCCGCUCCUUUGCAGCACAAGAUCACAGUCAAACCGAUGGACCUACCUCACGUACUCCACGUUACUGUGCGCCAGAAGUCUACAAGUACGAGUCUCGGGGUCGAUCCUCGGACAUCUUCUCUCUCGGUUGUGUGUUUCUCGAAAUUUUGACUACGUACUAUGAUCUUCAUCCACACGAUUUCGCUGAGUUCCGGCGUGGAGAUGGUGACGACGAGUCGUUCCAUGCAAAUAUGGACAAAGUGUCUCAAUGGAUUGAAAAGCUGUCCGAAUCGCCUGAUUUCUUCCCACCCAACCUGAUUUCUAUUGUUGAACAAAUGGUUAGGCGAGAGCCAGAUCAGAGGCCUACAGCCAUACAUAUCAAGGCUUUCUUUGCUUCUCUGCCGCAGGAAUCUUGGUUUCGAUCCCGACCUUGUUGUUCACAGCCCCCAGAAACGUACGUCGUAUAUGAUGAAACGCUUUCUACAGGCACCGGAUGA